GUCACACCACCAAGGCCGCAAGGCUCUCGAUGUUCGAGUGUGCCAAGUGCCAACGACACGUGAAGAAGGUGAACUUCUACUUCUGGCGCUGCGAGCGCUGCAGCGCUCGCCAGCGCUGCGGCCAGGGUUUGGAGCUGUGCUUCCGUUGCACCCAGGAGAAGUUCCCAGACCUGCGUCCGCCGGAGCGCAGCCGGGAGAAGCCUCUCAGCAGCAGCAGCAGCUCCCUGCAG